AUGAAGUUUCACAGAAUGAAGUGGAUUUAUUAUGCUAACGAAAUCGAUCCCAAUCCACCGGAAUAUAUGAAGUUUUACAGAAUGAAGUGGCUUUAUAAUGCUACUCAAAGCCACCAAGAAUGGAGAGCAAGUUGGGGUGAACAGUUGAGGAACGACGACGAUGGAACGCAUCGAGUUUUUUCUGUCCAAAGAGAUUAUGCUGUUGAGCAAUUUUUGAUGGACAAGGAGAACUAUAACAAGACACUUGGAACCGAGAAGGACAAUGUUUUAGAGGAUCAGAGGAAGGAAGAUGUGAAAAAUUUCGAGUUAUACAUUGAGAAAGAGCAGAAGAAGAAGAAGGAGAAAGAAGAGUUAGAGAAAGAAGAAGAGUUGAAGACGGCGUGUGAAAUUGUGCAGCCAGUGAAGCAGGAGGAGGAGAAAAAAGUGGAGAAAAAAGAAGAGAAAAAGGAGGAAAAGAAGAAGAAGAAGAAUCCGUGCUGCUCAAUUUGCUGA